CCCCAGCCCUCGCGGGUGCCCGCAGAACCCGUCCUCCUCGUCCAGCCCUGGAAGGUCAGAGCCUUCGCCCCACACUUCUGGGACGCCCCGAAUCGGGGCCGCAUCUGCGCCGUCGGAGACCCACUACCCCCGGAAUCCACUGGCAGCUCGGCCCUUCCAGGUGAUGGUGCACAGCCAUCGCCGCCCGUGGCGUGCAGGUGUGAGCUCUCCGAAUUGGGCUGGGGAGGGGGCUUUGGGCAAAGGGCGGCAGCGGUGGAAACCAAACCCCACACUCUCCAGAAGACUCCAAACUCCGCGCCCUUCGAUACUAGGGGCUUCUGGAAACCGUUCCCGGACCGGAUUUGCUCUAAGAGUGGCACCGGGCGAUCUGCGGAUCUGGGUGAAGGAGCCCUGGACUUUAAGCUGAGCAGGCAAAAAUGGGCCCCUGUUAAGGGCUCUGCGGCUCGCACGGGGGGGCCUGGAGUGCCGUGCCCCGGGAUGCCUCCAUCUCUGCCUGCUUCCCGCCCUGGGCAUAAUGAGUUACUUCCUGUCUUACUGCAAGGCUCAUGGCGGCGCGCUGCUCACCGGCUACCAGGCCCUGCGCGCCGAGGGCUUCCUCUGUGACGUUAUACUGGAGGCCGAAGGCAGCGAAUUCCCGGCUCACAGGUCACUCCUGGCGUGCUCCAGCGACUACUUCAGGGCCCUGUUCAAGAGCUACACUCGGGAAUCCCGGGCGCGCGUGAUCCACUUACACGUGCCGUCCGCGGCUGGCCUGCAGCGCCUGCUGGACUUCAUCUAUACCGCCUGGCUGUCACUCUCCAUGGACACCGUAGAGGACACACUGGAGGCCGCCAGCUACCUGCAGGUUACCGAGGCCCUGGGACUGUGUGGGCGCUACCUGGAACGUCAGCUGGCUCCAGAGAACUGCUGUUUUGCCGCCAACGUGGCGGCGCGCUUCGGCCUGGCUCACACGCUGGAAGCGGCGGAGCACUGCAUCAUGCGCCACUUGCGGGAGAUGCUGGCGCGGGGCGCGGGCCUGGCAGGACUUCUGGAGCUCAACCCCACGUCGCUGAGGGCCGUGCUGGGGGCCCCCGACGUGGCGCGGGUGCCCGAGGCCCGGCUGCUGGGCCUGGCGCUGGCCUGGCUGCGGCAGGAACCUGCGGCAGAGCGCCAGGCGCACUGCGCAGCGCUGCUCGAGCGUGUUCGCUUCGGCCUCGUGCCCGCCGACGUGCUGCGGCGCGUGUACUCAGGUUCCGGCCUCGUGCUGCCCGCCCGGGUGAAGGGCCUCAUCAUCCAGGCCCUUAACUACCACACGGCCCCCUCCCGCCAGCCGCUCAUGCAGGGCGAGCAGACCAGCGUCCGGAGCCCCCAGACCCGCAUCUUGUUGGUCGGGGGGCGCCGGGCGCGGGAGGCAGUGACCGAGGAGGUUGUAGCCCCGCGGGGGCCAGCUAGGGGCCGGGUCGUCGUGGUGGAGCCCGAGGUGGAGGAAGAGGAAGAGUCAGAGGAGGAGGAGGAAGAAGAGGAGGAGUUGGAGCUCACCCAGAACGUAGUGGCCUUCGACGUGUAUAAUCACCGCUGGCGCAGCCUUACGCAGCUGCCCACACCGCUGCUGGGGCACAGCGUGUGCACCCUGGGCAACUUCCUGUUUGUCCUGGGCGGGGAAUGUCCUUCCGGCAGUGCCUCUUCUGCUGACGGAUCGCGAGUGGUCACGGCCCAAGUGCAUCGUUAUGACCCGCGCUUCCACGCUUGGACUGAGGUGCCCGCCAUGCGGGAAGGGCGGUCCCACUUCUGGUGCGGCGCCGUGGGCGACAGGCUCCUGGCUGUCGGGGGCCUGGGCGCGGGCGGCGAGGCUCUGGCCUCGGUGGAGAUAUACGAGCUGCGCUGGGACCGCUGGACGGCGGCUGGGGCGCUGCCGCGGGCGCUGCACGGCCACGCGGGGGCCGUCGGGGACCGUGGUGUCCUGUACAUCUCUGGGGGCAAGGCGGGGAGAGGUGAAGGGGGCGCGAGCAGCCUCCGGGACCUGUACGCCUUGGACCCCGGGGAGCGGGUGUGGAGCAAGAAGGCGCCCAUGGGCACGGCCCGGUAUGGGCACCACAUGGCGGUGCUGCGCGGCGCAGUGUUCGCAUUUCUGGGACGAUACGAGCCCUUCUCUGAGAUCGAGCGUUACGACCCUGCCACAGACCAGUGGACUCGGUUGCGACCACUACCCUACGACCGCUUCUCCUAUGGCUUGGCCGUGGUGGAGGAGACUGUGCUCCUGCUGGGCGGCCUUAAAUGGCGGGACUCGCGCCAGGUACCUACCCGCAACGUGGUGGGCUACGACCUAGACCUGGAUCGCUGGGAGGACAUUGGCUGCGCGCUGCCCUGGGCCUGGAGCGGCCUGCAGUGCGCAGUGCUGCAGCUGGCCGAGGGUGGGGACGAGGAGAGGGAGGGAGAGCCUGGAGAGGCUCUAGAUUUAGUGCUGGGCUGAAUGGGUUAGUCCACUCCCCACCCCUCCCCGCUGGGCAACAGAGGAGAAAGUCUUACAGAGCAACAGAUGGGCUUUUCCUAAGAUUUGGGACUCUGGAAGCAGAGUGGCUUCUGAAGGUCAAGGAGGCAAACAAGGCCUUGGCCAAAGAGGAACAUUUCCCUUUGAGUUGAGAAUGGGAGACAGGAGGGGUCAAAUAGAAGGAUAUAUGAAUUAGCUUCAGUGAGCUGGUGAUUUUUACAGAGACUCUCUCAGGGCUAGAGAUGGACUUUCGAAAAUAAAAUAUGACCUUAUUUUCCCUCUUAAAGUGUUUCCUUAGGUGCAAAACAGUGAUUAUUU